UAAUAUUUCUUAUAUAUAUAUGUAUAUGUAUAUGUGUGUUUAUAAAUACAUUAUGGUCAGCAGAUGGCAGCAGCCCAUCUUCUUCAUCAAUAGAAAGGUAGAGGCUUGUUGUAGGCGGAGUCUCAAAUUAUUUACUUUACCUCAGCUCAAAAGUUGCAUUAGGUACUUAAGAUUUAUGAACUAGUUCAACAGGACUGGCAGAGAGGAGAUACGCGUUGGAAGGCAUUCCCCACUGUUGUCAAUACUUGCUUCACUCCUCUCACAAGUUUUGAGCGGAUAGGAUACCUAGUUUUUUUCGGUGUAAUUUUUAAUCAGAAAAGCCAGCACAUCUUUAGAAGAUGGAGUCACCGAUCAAAGCGGGGCCUAUGCGUGUCCUGGUGACAGGUGGAUCUGGGUUGGUGGGCAAAGCCAUUGAGCAUGUCGUGGAGCAAGAAGGUGGGAAACUGGAGGGAGAAGAAUGGAUCUUCCUCUCUUCUAAGGAUGCUGACCUCGUAGACGUUGGGCAGACCAGGGCUGUGUUCGAGAAAUAUCGCCCCACUCAUGUCAUCCAUCUGGCUGCAAAGGUCGGGGGACUCUACCUACACUUGAAGGAGAACCUGCACUUUUUGAGGGACAACCUAAAAAUCAAUGACAAUGUUCUACAAACUGCCCACGAGACGGGUGUGGGCAAGGUUGUGUCUUGCUUGUCCAGUUGUAUCUUCCCUGACAAAACCACAUACCCCAUCGAUGAGACCAUGAUACACAACGGACCCCCUCAUGCCUCCAAUUUUGGAUACUCACAUGCAAAAAGAAUGAUCGAUGUCCAGAACAGGGCGUACUUCCAGCAGUACGGCCAUUGUUACACCGCGGUCAUCCCAACCAACGUUGUUGGUCCCCAUGACAACUUCAGCAUCGAAAAUGGUCAUGUGCUGUCGGCACUCAUCAACAAGACAUACCAGGCAAAAAAGGAGGGAACUCCACUGAGUGUGUGUGGCUCUGGAGCUCCCAGAAGGCAGUUCAUCUACUCUCUGGAUUUGGGACGUCUAAUUAUUUGGGUGUUGAGAGAAUAUAAAGAAAUUGAACCAAUUAUCCUCUCUGUGGGAGAGGAAGAUGAAGUCUCAAUCAAAGAAUGCGUGGACAUAAUUGCAAAGGCUCUGGACUACAAAGGCGAAAUCCAUUACGACACCAGCCAAUCAGACGGCCAGAUGAAGAAGACGGCCAGCAAUGCCAAGCUGAGACGCUACCGCCCCGACAUCGUCUUCACGCCCCUCACAGAAGCUGUAAAGAUGACAUGCGGCUGGUUCGAGAGCAACUACGACAUCGCACGGAAAUAAAGGGGCCGCCCUCGUACACCGGGCUUUGGUUCUGGUGUGUAGAAAGUUGUUAUCACCGGACAAUGGUAUACAAUAAAAGUGCAUAAACGGAUAACAGUACAUUGUCUACAGCACUGUUGUUUGUGCACUUUUAUUUUAUACGAUUGAAAAUGUUGUUUAAAUUCUUACACUAUGUUGUUUGUCUGUUUAAUGUACACACCAGCCACCAAAUUAAAUUAUUUGUGUGUCUGUAGCAAAUAAAUGUUUCUGAUUCUGAUCGGAAAAUUGCUUCAUUCAGUGCCACAUUAAACAUUGCUGAAGGUA